AUGGUUGUCUUAAGGCACCUUUUAGUAGUGGUCGUUUGUAUUGCCAUCCUUUCCUUCAUCCCCAGUGCUUGUAUUGCUGCCACCAAAAUGAAUGCCAUAGAUCAAUGUUGGAAAACGAGUCCGAAUUGGCGAAGAAGCCGGCAACAACUGGCAUCUUGUUCUGUAGGGUUUGCAGGGAAAAUGACUAACAAUGCUGGAAGAGAUGCUGUAAUGUAUGAAGUCACCGAUCCUAGUGAUGACCCUGUGAACCCUAAACAAGGGACAUUAAGACAUGGAGCCACCAUGAUCACAAGCAAAGUCUGGAUCACUUUCGAAAGGAACAUGGAUAUCAAACUUGAGAAACCACUUCUUAUUAGCAGCUAUACUGCCAUUGACGGUCGCGGUGUUGAUGUUGGAAUUGAAGGCUUCGGAUGCUUCUUGGUGUACAAGGCAACGGACGUGAUCAUCCAUGGCCUAAGGAUUCACCAUUGCAAUGCACAAGGGCCUAGCACAGUCAUGGGACCAGAUGGGAAACAAAUGCAAUUAGGUCAGAUGGAUGGGGAUGCAAUAAGGCUGGUCAGUGCAUCCAAGGUUUGGAUAGAUCACAACACACUGUAUUCAUGCCAGGAUGGUCUUCUUGAUGUCACUCGAGGAUCUACAUUUGUUACUGUCUCUAACAAUUGGUUUAGAGACCAAGACAAGGUCAUGCUACUUGGCCAUGAUGAUGGGUUCUUGAGGGACAAGAACAUGAAGGUCACUGUUGCCUUCAAUCGUUUCGGACCUAAUUGUAACCAGAGAAUGCCAAGGAUUCGCCAUGGAUAUGCACAUGUAGCCAACAAUCUGUAUCGAGGAUGGGAACAGUAUGCAAUUGGGGGAAGCAUGAGUCCUAGUAUCAAGAGCGAAUCCAACUAUUUUAUUGCACCAACAUCAGGAAAGAAGGAGGUGACAUGGAGAAAUGGGAUCAGUGGGAAAAGCAAGCCCUGGAACUUCUACUCCAUAGGGGAUCUGUUUACGAAUGGAGCUUCAUUUUUCCAAACAGGUCGCAGAGGUAUGGCAAAGCCUAACUACAAUAAGGAGCAAAGCUUCAAGGUUGGAGAUGCCAAGUAUGUGAAGGCAUUGACAAGCUCUGCAGGUGCUUUGAAGUGCUCAAGGACAUCUAGAUGCUGA